CCUUGCGCUACACAAUCGCCUCAAAGUGGAGCUGAAAGGGCAUCACCUGAAAAUCAUGUCGAAACCUGUAGAUCACAUCAAGAGACCCAUGAACGCGUUCAUGGUGUGGUCUCGGGGCCAGCGGAGGAAAAUGGCACAGGAGAACCCCAAAAUGCACAAUUCGGAAAUCAGCAAAAGACUCGGAGCCGAAUGGAAGCUGCUCUCCGAGUCGGAGAAGAGACCCUACAUCGACGAGGCGAAGAGGCUGAGGGCGCAGCACAUGAAGGAGCAUCCAGACUACAAGUACAGACCGAGGCGCAAACCCAAGAACCUCCUGAAGAAAGACAGGUAUGUGUUUCCCUUGCCCUACCUCGGGGACACGGAUCACUUGAAAGGACUCCCGGUGACGGCCACGGACACGCUGCUGGGCUCCGCGGAGAAAGCGCGCGCAUUUCUGCCGCCCACCUCCGCUCCGUACUCCUUCCUCGACCCGAGCCAGUUCGGCUCCAGCGCCAUGCAGAAGGUGACCGAGAUGCCGCACGCUUUGAGCAGCAGCACCUUGCCCUACGCCUCGUCUUUGGGAUACCAGAGCGGCGCCUUCGGGGGGUUUGCUUGCCCGAGCCCGCACGGCCACGGCCACGGCCACGGCCACCCGUCACCCACAAACCCCGGCUAUGUGGUACCCUGUAACUGUAGCGCCUGGUCGGCGUCCACUUUACAGCCGCCGGUGGCGUACAUACUGUUCCCAGGUAUGGGCAAGGCUGGAAUAGAGCCGUACUCCUCGGCGCACGGUGCCGCCAUGUAAUGCCGCGGACACGCCAACAAAUCAAAUCUGAACUUCUCUGUCCCCGACACCUGUGACCUGGAUUGAACAGUGCUUGUAAAUACGGACCGAGAGAAGAAACGAUCC